ACCAAACAUCACACGCAGGUUGCAGAUAGACUUGCACGUAUCAGAGAGAACCAACGAAGGAGCCGUGCCAGAAAGCAGGCGCAUACUCGCGAGUUAGAGCAGAAACUAAUCUCCCUACAGGAGCAAGUCCGUCAGAAGGAUGUCGAACACCGACUGACGGUCCAAGGUCUUGACGCAGAGAAUCGGAGACUAAGAAGUUUACUGUCGGAUGUGGGCAUAUCAUCCAAUGCGAUCGAGGAGUAUCUAGAAAAGACGGUGGAUGACCCAAGCUCAACGCAGAAGAUUGCCAUUCCAAGUCUCCCGCAGUCUGGCGUGAAGGCUCGAUCGUGUCGUGGCCGUGCCCAGCAGACUUGUCGUUCUGAGACCACUCCUGAUACUGCUGGAGUAUCGCCACCCCCAGACUCGAAGCCGGUCGAUAAGGUGAGCGAUUCUACCGUCGACCUCCCCGGUCAACCGAUGAAGAAUGAUCGAGAGAAAUCCCACGACCAGUCAGUUUGUGGCUGCUCACCCGACGAAAGCGGAACGUCAUGGCCAGAUAGUAACAGUGGAGAUGUCCUUAAUACCACUCUCUGCGCCAUCGCCGACGAACUCAUAACACAGUACAACACGCGGGGUGUCGAGCUAGACGAGAUCAGACGCAAGCUCUGGGAGGGCUUCUCCAAGGGCCUCACCACGGAGGAGGGGUGCAGGGUGCAGAACCAGAUUCUGUUCCAGGUUCUUGACGAGAUUAGCAACAACUAA